CAGCAAUGUCACGCCUGGAAGUGCGCCAGGGCGUGGUGUUUGCGAGCGUGUGGCUCCUGUACGCGACCACGUACCUCCUGCGCAAGCCGCUGGGCGUGGUGAAGGGCGACCUGGGUCGCGACCUGUCGCUCAGCAGGCUGCAGCUGGGCUGCUUCGACACCGCCAUCCUGCUGCCGUACGCGCUGGUGCAGAUGUGCUGCAGCCGCGUCGCCGACGUCGCCAGCCCGCGCUGCACGGUCACGGCGUGCCUGUUCCUGGCGGGCCUCUCCGUGCUGACCUUCGGCUGGUGGAGCCGGUACGGCGUGCUGCUGGCGCUGCUGGCCGCCAGCGGAGCGGCCCAGGCGCCCGUGUGGCCCGCCUGCUGCAAGUGCCUCUCCGCCUGGUUCCCCGACCACCUGCUCAACACGGUGUUCGGCCUCGUCUCCACGUCUGUGUACGGGGGCAGCAUCGCGGCGACGGCUCUCGCCUCCUACCUGCACGCCACGUACGGCUGGCGACUGGUGUUCCUCCCGCCGGCCGUCGCGGCCACGGGCCUGGCGCUGCUGGCCUGGCCGCUGCUGAGACUGCCCAGGGACCUGGGCGUGGCCGUGCCGGGCAAGACCGCCGCCGGCGCCGCCAGGACGGAGCUGUCGCUCGCCCGGCUGUGGUGCCUGCCCGUCGUCCCCCAGCUGGCCUUCGCGAUGCUGUCGCUGAAGCUGGUGCGCUACGCCGUGUACCUGUGGCUGCCCGUGUACCUGAUGCAGGCCCUGGGGCAGUCGGCGGCCACCGCGGGGCUGCUCAUCUCGCUGUUCGACGUGGGCGGGAUCGUGGGCAGCGUGCUGCUGGGCCUCGUGGCCGACAGGCACGCCUCGCUCCUGCACACCUGGCUGGCCGUCGUGGCCAGCUCCUUCUCCGUGCUCGCCUUUCUCUUCACGGCCGGCCGGGGGCCCGUGCACAACGGGGCGUGGCUCCUGGUGACGGGGUUCUGCGUGUGCGGGCCGGACGCCCUCCUGGGGGGCUCCGUGGCGGUGGCCGUGGGCGAGCGCGACGGCAGGAACUCCGGCGCGGCCGUCGCCGGGCUGGUGAACGGCUUCGGCAGCCUCGGGGGCGUGAUUGAGGGACCGCUGGUGGGGUUUGUGUCUGAUGCCUACUCCUGGAACACCAUGUUCCUGCUGUUGGUGGUGCUCCUGUCAGCCUCCUCGUUCUGCAUCCUGCAGGCCUUCCUGAUCCAGAGGAGACAGGAACCGGUGCGCUACGUGCCGCUGCGCAGCGGCGUCUGACUGUCUCUGUGACUUCGAAGUCUACCGCCUUCGCACUAAUAUAUUGCCAAAUGAAUCAGUGAUAGUUGGAUAACUGGAAACUGGGCUAAGGGAAUUAUUAAUUUUUAUUUAGCAGAUUUAAUUAUCUUGUUGGAAAGAAAACACAUGGUGAAUUUGUGAAUCUUACACACUGGUACAACGAUUUUGCUAGUUUAGCUUUUUUUUUUGGUAAGUCUCAUUUGAUUUUAGUGUGCCGAAAUAUAGUUUUACUUUUAUUGUGUUUAAUGUAAACAAAUUAUGUGUCUUAUGCGUUUUAGGAAGUAUUUAUGGAAAAAAUAGCACCUGUGAACUGAUUGCAAGAGAUUUUUGGUGUAUUUAAUAGAUAAAAACGUAAAUUCUUGUCGAACACAUAACAUUAAUGUUAUUCCAUUGAUACAUUUGAGAGUGUUAAACGGUGCUCUAUCAGCAGUUUCUGCAGACCACCCACUAAGUGAGCACAAUGAGGGAAAUAUUUAUCAAGUUGCACAACUGUCGCUGCUUGUUAGGAAAAAUUAAUAAUACUAAUACAAUAGCAAGAUUACUAAAGCAUGUAGCUUAAUGUGAAAGCUGAACAUAUUACAAUUUUUGCCCUUCUCUAACAUAUAACUAAACAUCUUUUCAAAAGCCUUGAAAAAGGACUGUUGUAUAAAUUUCGAAACACAGGAAUUAGUAUUUUUCUGUUAAAUGUAUUAAUAUUUAGCACUAACUGCACUAAGAGUUUUAAAAUUUAGUCAAAAGAACUUUGCUGUCUCUUUCCUGUUUUAUGUACAUACAGCUUAAAUGGACAAUGCAAUUUUAAUUUUAACUAUUGUGUGUACGUGGUAGAGUCAUACUCUUCUCUGUAUGUAUAGUGAAAAUACAGCUUCAUUUUAACAAACGUAAGAAAGAUGACAAUUUAGUAUCUGUACGAGGAUUCCCCUUUGUUAAAUGCGCUCUACCCCUCUCAGAACAAACUUCUAGUUGGGAGGGAGUGAGAGAGAGCAGUGUGGCUGUUUGGACGGAACAGAGGCCUGGUUCUUGACGCUUUGGAAUAAUUCCUCUAGAGCAACGAGUGUUAGAGAACAUUGAAAUGCCUAUUCUCGAAACUGCUAUCAGAAUCAACAUUGUCGGGUUAAAGAAGUGUCUCUUUGGAAAUGUGGCAUCGUUGUUUUUAGUGUUGAUGUCGCUUUUACAAGGCCAGUCACAAUCAGGAAAGGGGCAUUAACCACAGAAGUGUGUUUAUGUUUCUCUUUCUCUCUUCAUCUCUGUUCUCUUGUUAGUAAAUGUGGAAGUUUUGUUUGUGUGUGUAUGUUAAAAGUUUGUAUACUGCUAAAAGCUUCCAACAAAACUUCUCUGCCCUAGCUUCCAUGCUUAUAACCUAUGCCACAAUACUUUACCCACAGCAUCUGCAAUGCAAAUGUUAGCUUCAUUUCUUGUGGCAAUAAGUACUAUGAAAACAUAAAUAUUUAUGAAACUUCA